AUGCAGAGUGAUCCGAAGCCGACGCCGCCAUGGAACGAAGACCUCCGAAAGCUGCACCAGUUCAUCGAGGACCAGUUCUGUCGACAAGCAGUGCUGCUGCAGGAACUGACACGACCUCUUCGUUUUGCACCUGAUAAGCUGGCACCUGCUGUUGCUCCUGUCCUGCGGCCACCUGAGGGCGAGACGAAGGACUUGGACGUGAUUUCCGAGACAUCGGGCGCUGGCAUCAAUAUUCGACACAUCCAAAGGCAUCCAGGCACCGUGCUGGCUUCUGGCGGGCGCACUGAGAAAGCUGACAUUCAGUCGGAGACCUCUUUGAACAAUUCUGCAGCGGCCAGCGUGGCCGCAGAAGUCGCAGAGGCCAGAAACAAGGAGCUCGACGAAGCUGACACGGAGAAGCGGGUGACGCUGUCUUUUCAGAUGCCCGAAGACCCUCAGGACGUCCAAGAUUUGGCGGCCUUCGAUGAAAACUGGGAGCCUACAGCCCGGCCGAGUGUCGCUGAAUCUCCGGCUAAGCGCUCCCGCGACAGUUCGCGGCAGACCUUCGUGCGGGCCACGCUCAGCCAGCACCAAGAAAAGGCUGCAGCUGCCGCCCGCCUGGUGCGUCAAGCCAGCACUGUCAAGCCGAAACACUGCUGGCCCAGCGCAAAGCAGGUUGUGACGUCUCGAGUGUUUGCCUACGGCAUCAUCUGUCUGAUCAUUGUGAAUCUCGUCCUGCUGGGCAUCGAGGUCGAUAUCAGCGCUGGCCUCCCUCAAAAUGAGGUGCCUACAUGGUUUGCGAUCGUGAACAUCGUCAUCGUGUCGGUAUACACCUUGGAAAUCGCUUUGAAGAUCAUUGCGUUCGGAGCACGUGAAUUCUUCCGUGGAAAGGACAACUACUGGAAUGUGUUCGACUUCGUCAUCGUUUCGGUGUCAAUCGGUGAGACGCUCAUCGAGAUGCUGAUUCUCACGUCCUCGAGUGUGGACUCUGCACAUUUGCGAGUGCUUCGUUUCUUGCGGGUAGCCCGAGCAUUGCGCAGCAUACGCGUGAUGCGGCUGGUUCACUACAUCGGUGCUUUGCGGACUCUGGUGUUCUCAAUCGUGAGCACUAUGGGCAGCCUUUUAUGGACCAUGCUACUGAUGGUCAUGAUCUUCUACUUGUUUGGUGUAAUCCUGGCACAGAUCGCCACAGACAAUUGCCGUACCCUGCAGCAGACCGCCACGGGCGACAUCAAUGCCGUACCGUUGUGCGAAGGCGCUCUCUACGUGCACUGGAGGACUGUGCCGGUGAGCAUGCUGACACUCUUCAUGGCUGUUAGUGGCGGACUGAGCUGGACAGAGGCGCUGCAGCCAUUGCAACAGUUCUCGCCCUUCGGAGUCGCAUGUGUGAUCACAUACAUCGUAAUCACGGUGUUCGCGGUCCUCAAUGUCGUGACAGGCGUCUUCUGCAACACCGCAAUUGAGAGUGCUCACGCGGACAAAGAUAUCGCGAUCAUGAAGCAGAUGAACAAGAGAAAUGCACAGAUCGAAGCACUGCGGCAUAUCUUUGGAGAGAUCGACCGAGACCGUUCGAACAAGGUCAGCAUUCAGGAGCUCAAGGACGCGAUGGACACUCAAAAGCUGUCCAGUUUCAUGGAAUCUCUCGGCAUCUCAACGGAGGACGUUUGGACGCUUUUCAUGGUCAUCGACUCUGACGAAAGCGGUGAGAUCACCCUCGAUGAAUUCGUUGGUGGCUGCAUGACGCUCAAUGGGCCUGCCCGGAGUCUUCAUCUUGCACGGAUGAGCCACGAAAACAAGGUCACUCGACAGGAGAUCAAGCAGCUUAGUGGCCAAAUGGCUGGACUCAUGACUUUCCUUGGCGUGGUGUGCAGUCAAGACAUAACUAAGUUGCAGCUUAGCGAUGCGGACUGGUUUGCGCCCAUUGGCUCUGCCACCAACGGCGGCGGUUUUGCCAACGACGUGCAGGCUUGGUUAAAGGCCAGCUGGGUGUUCCGAGGCUUAAUUGAGCUGGAGAUGGGUGUGAAGAGUUUCACCAACAUGGCGAUGUGCAGCGCCGUUCAUCCAAACACCCUGUGCGUCCAGUUGACAGUCGAUCCACUGGCUCGCUUCGUGCCCCCCGGACGGCUACUCGAGGCCUCGGGCUUGUCCUUUGGGGACUCGAGCGAUUCUUUGGAGGAGGAUUCCCAAACGUCCGAAACAGCGCGGCUCGGCAGUUGGUUUCGCCUCACCAGUCUGGACAAACGCCCAACAAGAUCGUCGAGACGUCAAGGUUCUCAUCAAUUUGGUCCGCGGCUCACUUGGCGCCAGGCCUUACCUGAUUGCACAUUUGCCAUCUUCCAGCUGCUGCUUCUCGUUCCGGCGCUGUUCCCGGAGUUCCUGUCGCUAAGUGAUGGCUCCGAAUUCUGUGACGAUGUGGUGGAGGCGCGAAAGGAGCAUCUGGGAGAUGACAUCAAUGGCAUCGCUCCUGGCAUGAGAUUCUCCGUGCUGGUUUACUCCUUCAGCGCUCUCGUCAACAUCGGCGCAAACCUAUUUAUCUCGUUGCGGAUGCGGUUGACCUUUGCUUCUGCCUCAGGGCAGAGCAAGAUGCUCAGCACAGAGGCCUCUGUCUGCUCCGUGUUGUCGCUGUCCUGGCUGCUGGCCGGACUUUCUGCUGCCAGCUGUGCAGCCACGUGGUGUUUUCCAGGACUUCGCGGCAUUCAACUGGGCUUGGCACUGAACGUGAUCACGUCGCCUUUGCUGCUGCUCUUGGUAGCAGCAUUCAUAAGGUCCGUGAAGCUGCGGCUGAAGCUUCUGGAGGUUGGCUAUGGGAAGCCCUUGGGUGCUCAAUGCCUCCUCCACUUGGUCAACUCUGUGGUGUUUUUGGCGAUACUGUCGGCGGCCUGGCAUUGUAGCAGCUAUGUGACCAAAGGGUUGUUCGGUGCCGGCGCAAAGCCAGGAGCGUUUCUCGGCCGAAGGGAUCUCGGAGCGCAGGGAACUUCGAGCCACGACAAGUUUAAUGCCUCUGUUGUCUUCUUCGCCUUCGGCAUCACGAGUGCUGUGACGUUCAAGGCGUUUCGCAGGAUGGAGCAGGCAGCGCUGCCUGCUGUAGUUAGUGAUGACCUCGGAGCUUACAUUAAGGCGGAGGCAACCUGGGCGGCGACCGAGCUCAGGAAUGCUCGAUUGGCAGUGCUGUUAACAUGCCACUCGUCCGCCGUUGCGGCCUUGAUUUGCAUCUGCCGCCCCUGGCUCCUUGUGCUGUGCUCCGAGGACGACGACCGCUGUUAUAUCGUAUACCAGCUGGUUGUCCCAGUGUUGGAACUUGGAGCCGUCAUGGUGGAGAUCAUAUCUCUUUUCUCUUUGCUGGGCGUCUUCAGCCUGAAGCCGCCUGAUAUUCGGGUGGCACCACAGCCGGGCCGCCGUGCAGGAAGCGCGAGGCUGAUGACUCGCGUGGAUACUCUUACUGAAGCAUGGUGGGCCACUGCGCGGGAGCUGGCUUCAAGGAGCGUGUCCCUGGAGCAGCUUCUCGGUUUCUGGGGCGAGCUCGGCAGCGAAGGACUCAUGCCGCACUACGACACGGAGCGUUCGACUACCAACGAUGUGGUUCGACAGGCUAUCAUUCCCAAGUCGCGCAGACCCGAUGGCGGCGGAGACUGCUUGGCGAAGGUGUUCCAGGAAGGCGGCGAAAUGAUGCCUCCAAAAGCGAUGGUUACGCAUUCCUGGCGCAACAACUUCAGAGACCUAGUUGCUGCAAUCAUAGCCGACGCGGGCAAGAAGGACGAGUACUGGCGAGUCGCGGCCAAGCUCGAAGGCAGCCCAAUGGAUGCUACCAGGCAAGUGGAUAAACUCCUGCGGAAGCUGCAUGGAAACGAGCAUCGCUACUGGAUUUGCGCGUUCUGCGUCAACCAGCACGCCAGCAUUUGUGGUGGCUAUGCAGAUCCGCCACCCAUCUCGGAUGCGAGCGCACAUAAGAGGUGGUGGGAAUCUCGUCACGAUACCGUGACGAAGCAGCCGCUGCCGAUCUGCAACUGCAGCCAGCCCAAGCUCUUCAGCAACAAGGAUUCAGCCCGGUGCGAGCUCAACAAGUUUGAUGACAUGAUGACGGUCCUUCAUGAUACGGUGCUUGGCUUUCGGCAGGUUGUGGCCGUGGACCGUCAACUUGAUGUCUUUAAUCGCGCCUGGUGCGUCGCAGAACUUGUCGAGGCGAGCCGAUUGGACAUGCAGCAGGUCAUCCAGGUGCACAGUACAUCCGCGCUUGAUAUCUAUUCCGGCGACACGGAAGCCUAUGCCACCCUGGCGACGCUCUCCGUGCAGGAUUGUUGUGCCUCCAGGCCAGAAGACAAGGAGGACAUCUUGGCAAGGAUUGGUGACACGGAGGAGUUCGAUGCCAAGCUGCACACUGUGAUCUUCGGACAGCAUGGCCUCCUCGGUCGCCGCUUUCACGGCUUCGGGGCUCUGGAUGCGGCGGCGCGCACUGCGCGCAGGGUCAAUGAAGUCUUGAACCUGAGAAGGAAGGCCGACCCAAGCCCGGAAUGA